AUGGAGAAGAUUAUUGAGGACCCAGAAUUUCGCAGUGUUGAGAGGGAAAAGUAUGUAAAGUGGGUGGAUUCGGUUCUCCAAUCACACCGAGGGUCCACUGUGAAAGAAUUACGAAUAUGCUUUAGUUUAGUAAAAUCAGCAGGAAAGUCAAUUACGAAGUGGCUUGAAUUUGCUUUUGAGAGGCACACUGAAAAGUUGGAGUUGAACCUUUCAGAAGGUGACUGUCUUCAUAACCCAAAUGAACUGUAUGCGUUUCCUCAAGAGUUAUGCAGUAAUAUCAGUUCAGACCAUCCUUACAAAUCUAGUGGACUUUUUGGCUGCGUCUUGCUUGAGGAUGUUCCAAUGCUUACUAGGGUUAAUGUGACCUCUGUGGAGACUUCUUCUAUGUAUGUAGAGAGAUUAAUUCCUACAUUGCUUUGCUGUCUUUCCCAAUUGGAGAUUCUCACCUUUGACACUUGUUGUAAAAGGGAGCUUCUAUCGAUGCUCAAAUUCCCCAUGAUGCCUAAACUUAAGAAGUUGGUCAUCAUUGAAGCUUUACAUGGUGUGGACUCGAGUCUUCUUGGCCUAUCUCAUUUUAUCAGUGCAUCUCCCAACCUGCGAGAAUUUGAGAUACAGCAAAGGUGGUCUACUAGAGCUGAAAGGUCAAACAACGAAAUUCAGAAGGGAUUGAAGCACUUCCCACUGCACCAGCACCUGAAUGUUAUUCGGUUUUUAGGUUAUUAUGGUUGCCCGAGUGACGUUGAAUUAGUCAACUACUUGUUGGAGAACUGUGUCACUCUUAAGGAAAUCAUUGUUGAUACCCAAAAUCCUCGACGCAUGGCCUACGAACCACUUGAUUCAGAGGAAUUAAAAUUAGCUGAAAUAGCAAAGGUUUACGCCAAACUGCAGCUGGAGCCGCUAGUACCUAAGCACAUAAGCUUAUUUUUAUGCUAG